GCGAAAACCGAGAGUACACAUUGCGCCUAAUGUUCAUCCAGGAGUAGGUCAUCAAAGGUGGCCAAGCAAGUCAGGCCACGUCUUUCAGCAAAGGAGGCCUCCUCAUUGAAACUAUAUUAUAUUAUCAGAUAAUGUAGCCAUUAUUUGUUUCAAUGAAUGGCAAACGAACUUCUACGAGGAAGAAAGAGAAGAAGUUACCGUGAAUAAUAUUUAUGGGGAAUUGGUUUGAUUCAGUUCGUGGGCUUUGGUCACGAGGAGCUCGAUGGUUCUCAGAGACUCCGGGGAAGAGAUGGGCGUCCGCCGCCCUUAUCGUCUUCUCCAUCGUCCUCCUUACCAGCAGCUUCAUCUAUUGGACUCAUGAUGUUCGUGCUAUAACGGGUGCUUUCUUCUUUAAGACUUCCACCUCCACAAGCACUAGCAGUAGUCCUAAAUCUAAUACUAAUAAGCCACCUGUCGAAGUUCACUACCCACUCAAGUGUAUCAAUGAAGCCUUAACACUAACAUGCCCAACCAACUACCCGGCGACAUUUGAGACUGGGUUAUCAUCAGCUGUGGCGUGCCCGGAUUACUUCCGGUGGAUCCGCAAAGAUCUACGGCCGUGGAGGGAUACGGGAAUCACGAGGCGCAUGGUGGAAGGAGGACAAAAAUAUGGGGAUUUAAGGCUUGUGAUUGUCAAGGGAAAGGCUUACGUUAAGAUGUACAGGAAAGCAUUUCAAACAAGGGACGUGUUUACAGUGUGGGGGAUUUUGCAGCUUCUGAGGUUGUACCCUGGGAAGGUACCAGAUCUUGAGCUGCUGUUUUCGUGUGGUGACCAGCCUCUGAUUAAAAAACGCGACUACUAUUGGCCGCAUGCCACGUCUCCGCCGCCGGUGUUUCAUUAUUGUGGGGACGAUGAUUCGCUCGACAUUCCCUUCCCUGAUUGGUCCUUCUGGGGUUGGGGUGAGAUCAAUAUAAGGCCAUGGGGAGUAAUGUUGUGGGGCCUAAGGGAAGCCAACAAGAGAAUAAAGUGGAAGGAUAGAAAACCCUACGCAUAUUGGAAAGGGAACCCAUCUACAUCCGGAAGAAGAGGAGACCUUAUGAAAUGCAAUGUCUCCGACAAAAAAGAUUGGAAUGCUCGCAUAUAUGCGCAGGAUUGGCAAAAGGAAACCGAACAAGGAUUCAAGCAAUCACACCUAGAAGAUCAAUGCACCCACAGAUAUAAAAUUUUCAUAGAAGGAGUAGCAUGGUCAGUGAGUGAUAAAUACAUUUUGGGCUGUGAUUCCAUGACCUUGCUAGUGAAGCCCAAGUAUUUUGACUUCUACACAAGAAGCUUGGUACCAAAGAAGCAUUACUGGCCCAUCAGCCCAACAAAUCUGUGCGAAGAUAUUAAGUCUGCCGUCGAAUGGGGCAAUAACAACACUGACAAGGCACAAGCUAUUGGGGAAGCCGCAAGCAAAUUCAUUCAAGAGGAUUUAAAGAUGGAGUUUGUGUACGAUUACAAAUUUCACUUAUUAAGAGAAUACGCAAAGCUGAUGAGAUUUAAACCAACAAUUCCUCAAGGAGCGGUCGAGAUUUGUUCAGAGACAAUGGCAUGUCCUCAAAAUGGUCCAUGGAGGCAGUUCAUGAUGGAGUCCAUGGUGAUUUCCCCCAAGGAUACACCCCCCUGUACAAUGCCCUCCUCCACCUGAUCAUGUUGAAACCAUUGUAAACAAUAAAAAAGAGAUAAAAAGAAGUCAAUAAUAUUAUUUUCAAUGAUUCAGAAUACUCCACUCA